AUGAUCAAUUCGGACGCACAGUCGGCGCAGAAACAAGUCGAGGUGGAGAAACCCGACGAGAAAUACUCUGCUCCACGUCUAUUGGCUCCCAUUCCGGACUCGUAUCAGCCCGCCAAGGCCAUCACCAAGAUUCCCGCAACAUCUUCCCUGGAAGACAUUCUCGCUAUCCUCGAGCGAGACGGCGGUGUCAUUCUGACCGAUUUCGUUUCCCUACAGGAGUUGGACAAGAUUGACCAAGAGCUUGAGCCCUACACAAAGUCGUCCAUUGUCGAUGAUGACUCCUACAACAACUUUAUAGGCAAAAAGACGCUCGUCAUUCCCGGCCUAGUCGGCAAGUCAGACACCAUUGCCAACAUUCUCGACACGAAUGAAACCAUAGACAAGCUGCUCAAGGUAAUUCUAGAGGAGAGGUACCCCGCCGUUUUCGAGCAGCACACCGAAGAGCUCGUCGUGGACCCGUUGCUAAGUAUCUGCAUGGGCUUCCACGUCGGCCACGGCUCUCCGCGCCAGGCCCUACACAGAGACGACAUGAUCUUCUCCAGCAAGCAUCGCCCCAAUAUGAAGAUUAACGAAGUAGACGGCUUCAGCUGCUUCCUCGCCGGGACCAGGAUCACGCGCGAAAACGGCGGCACAAUGGUCAUUCUCGGUUCCCACAAGUGGGAGCACGAUAGACGCGGCAGGCCCGACGAAGUUUCCUUCCUUGAAAUGGAGCGCGGCUCUGCGUUUAUUUUUCUUAGCACCCUCGCUCACGGCGCGGGAUAUAAUACUAUUCCUGGCGAGGUGCGCAAGAUUACAAAUCUCGUCUUUUGCCGGGGGACUCUGCGGACGGAGGAGAACCAGUUCUUGUGUGUGCCCCGGAGCAAGGUGCUGAAGAUGAGUCCCAAGAUGCAGACUUUGCUGGGGUUCAAGAAGCCGGCGGGCAGUUGGCUGGGAAUGGUGGAGAAUGAAGACCCUGCCAAGGAUCUUGAGGCUAUUUAUGAGAAGAUGCUCAAGUAA